UUGUAUUUAAGCCGUAUGACUGUUUUUUUUCUUGGAUAUACAGAAAACAUUUUAAAAUUUAGUAGUAAGUGGGCUGUGAAUAUCCUGCUUUUGUGACAGACCAUGAACAAAAUGUAAAUUACUUUCCACGCAACACGCGCCUUCUUACUGGUCACAUAGUAUAAAUCUAUGAGCAGAAGCAUAAGUAGCAUUUGUAGUAUUAAAACAGACGAUAUGGUUUCAUGCAUUAUAUUACUAGCAGGUGUGACUUUCCUACAAGUGGCAUUAGGUAGUCUCUAUAGCGACCCGCAAUGUGCCCCAGGCCGCGAGACAAUCGUGCAUCUGUUUGAGUGGAAAUGGGCAGAUAUUAAAGCAGAAUGUGAGAGAUUUCUUGGUCCGAACGGUUACUGUGGUGUCCAGAUCUCACCCCCUAACGAGAAUGCAGUGGUGACUAAUCCGUACCGACCUUGGUACGAGAGGUACCAACCUGUGAGCUAUAACUUAGUAACAAGAAGUGGAGAUGAAGAGCAGUUUAAAGACAUGGUAACAACAUGUAACAAUGCCGGAGUAAGAAUUUAUGUAGAUACCGUGAUAAAUCACAUGACCGGAAGUUUCUCUGGCAACGGGACUGGAGGAAGUUACUUUAACGGCGAGACAUGUGACUUCCCGGGUGUUCCGUAUGGAAGCCAAGAUUGUAAUGGACCUGAUGUGUGUCAUACAAACGAUGGAUCUAUUCAUAGUUAUGGCGAUCCUGUAGAAGUUCGGAACUGCAGGUUGCUUACUUUGGCUGACCUUCGUCUGUCUAAAGAUUAUGUAAGGGAUAAAAUUGCUGAAUUUAUGAAUCAUCUUAUAGAUGCGGGUGUUGCCGGAUUCAGAGUGGAUGCAGCGAAACACAUGUGGCCUGGAGACCUUGAAAUUAUAUUCGGAAAAUUACAUAAUCUGAACGGCGAGAUAUUUGGUUCUGGCAAGAAACCAUUCAUUUUCCAAGAGGUUAUUGAUAUGGGCCAUGAACCGAUAACAAUGUCCGAAUAUUUAGGAACGGGCAGAGUAACAAACUUUAAGUACGGUGUAAAGCUAGCUGACAUUUUCUUACGAAAUUCAAAUCAAGCAAAAUGGUUGGACAGCUGGGGCGAAAGAUGGAACAUGCAUAAGUCUAACGAUGUUGUUGUAUUCCUCAGUAACCAUGACAACCAAAGAGGUCACGGGGCCGGUGGAAGGCCUAUCACUUUCUACGAUCCGAAACAAUUAAAAAUUGCAACAGCUUUCAUGCUAGCUCAUCCGUACGGAUUUCCGAGGAUCAUGAAUAGCUUCCACUGGAACAGACAAAAUGACUGGGAGGGUCCACCUCAUAACAGUGAUAUGAGUAUCAAGGAUGUGCUGGUAAAUGUUGACAUGACCUGUGGGAACGGUUGGGUAUGUGAGCACAGAUGGAGACAGAUUUAUAACAUGGUUGCCUUUAGAAAUGUUGUCGCUGGCACCUCAGUCACUAACUUCCGGUGUUACGGAGAUCAACAGAUCUCUUUCUCAAGAGGGGAGAAAGGAUUCCUCGUGCUUGUUGGUGACAGUAGUUACUUGAAUCAGACCAUCUAUACAGCACUUCCACAAGGCGAUUACUGUGAUGUCAUAUCCGGAAAUUACAUAAAUGGCACUUGCACUGGAACAAUUGUCCAAGUAGAUGCCAGUGGUCAUGCAAAUUUCACAUUAAACGGGAAUAGUGAUGACCCAGUGGUUUCAAUUCAUAUCGGUGCAAAAGUUGGCAGUCCGAAGAAGGUGACCUCUUAGAUAUAAAGAAAUCCAGAUUCAGUGUUGUUAUAUUUGAAAAAUAAAUGUAAAAACAAAUGUAGUGACUGUUAUUAAUAAUGAUAGAAAAUCAGUGAUAGACUGUAUUAAGUGUUUCUGUCAUAUUUCUCUGCAUUGUUUAUGAUUGAUAUAAAUGUUAAAGAAACA